UGUUUUCUCUCAUUUUAACUAGCAAACUAACAAGAGAUUUUCGCCGCUGGCACUCGGCGUGGGUCGGAGAGCGAACAGACGAGGGGUGACAAAGCUGCACCGAGUGGAGAUGAUUGUGUUUCCUGCUCGGCGCAGGGCGGGGUGAUGUUUCUGUUCCGGUAUAAAAGCAAAAUGGAUCCCAGACGAGCAGCGGAGCUCUCGUGUGACCAAGGAGACAACAAUGAAGGCGUAGCGAGGGGAAGGCAGUGAAGACAAUGAGGACUUUAUUUCAACUAUGUUGUCUCUUCCUGGUUACUGGGCGAGCGUCGGCCGCCGGGAACCAAACCGUGGACGGCAGCCGGUACAUCAUCAUCGGGGACGGCUCGUCCAACGAAUUCGAGUUUCCUGAAAACACCAACGGCGUGAUUGUGGUGUCCAGCUUGUACCGGAGCCCGAACCCGGAAGCGGGCGGGAAAGAGACCGUGACGGUUCGCUCCUUGGACCCGGAGGUCCUCUCCAUCCUCAACGUGACGGACGGCGGCCACGCGGGACCCACUAAGAGCUACGUCAUCAGCAUCCGCUCCGGGUUCCCCGGCCAGGCCCAGCUCGAAAUCCGGCUUCUCCUGGACCCGGACCGGGACUCCGAGGUGCUGAUCGAGGAGAGAACGGACUACUCCAUCAUCGUGGCGCCCGGUCGCGACGACACCGCCACGCGACUCGUCCGCUCAGGCGGCUUGGCCCAUUUCUCGGAGAACCCGGUUCUGUUCGCCUUGCUGCCCCUCAUCUUCGUCAACAAGUGUGCCUUCGGCUGCAAGGUGGAGGUGGAGGUUCUAAAGGCGCUGCUGAGGAGUCCGCUUCCUCUGCUGCUGGGGGUUCUGGCCCAGUUCCUGGUGAUGCCGCUGUACGCCUACUGUGUGGCCCGCCUGGCCGUCCUGCCCAAAGCGCUAGCCUUGGGGUUGGUCAUCACUUGCUCCGCCCCUGGCGGUGGAGGCGGGUACCUGUACAGCCUCCUGCUGGGGGGCGACGUCACCCUGGCCAUCUCCAUGACAUUGGUGUCCACGGUGGUGGCGGCCGGCGCCAUGCCGCUGUCGUCGGCGCUGUACGGCCGUGUGCUGGGCGUGCACGCCGCCCUGCACGUGCCCUUCGUGAAGAUCCUGCUCACCCUCCUCUUCAUCGCCAUCCCCAUCUCGCUGGGCAUGAUGGUGAAGCUGCGCCUGCCCGCCCUGACCCGCGUCCUGCUGGGACUCAUCAGGCCCUUCAGCUUCGUGCUGAUUGUGGGCGGCAUCUUCAUGGCAUACCAGAUGGGGGCGUCCAUCCUGGCCGACGUCAGGCCCCAGAUCGUGGCGGUGGGGGCCACGGUGCCUUUGCUGGGCUUGGCGGUGGGGGCGGUCCUGGCUAAGUUGGCGGGCUUGGCCCCGCCGCAGAGGAAGACGGUGAGCAUCGAGGUCGGCGUCCAGAACAGCCUGCUGGCGCUCGCCGUCAUGCAGCUGUCCUUUCGCCGCGUGGAGGCGGACUUUGCGUCGCAGGCGCCGUUCAUAGUGGCGCUGAGCAGCACCUCGGAGAUGCUCCUCAUGGUGCUGGCCUUUUACACCCGCCGCUGGUUGUGUGGCUCGCACGCCCCCGCCAGCAACACCUGAUUGUAACUUUUAUUUUGAAAAACGCAACCUGUGGAAAAAAGCUGUUUCACUUUUAUCGACUUUUUGUGGAUCCUCUUUUUCAUACGUUUUCACAAAAAAACCAAAGGCCUUCUACCCCUCACAUCAUUUUGUGAUCUUUUCAGUCAACAGUGGAACCCCCUUAAGUCGACAACGCCCGUUUAUGCCUACAACUUUUUUGUUCCGUUUAUAUUGACAAUCUGUCUGCGCCGACAACCCAUUUAUGUUGUCAACCCAUUUAUCCCGUUCAUAAUGGCAGCCUGUUCAUCUUGGCAACCUGUUUAUAUUGAGAACCUGUUCAUGAUGACAACCCGUUUAUGUUGACAGCCCAUUUAUGUCAUAGACCCGUCUCAGAGGUCGACAACCCAUUUAUGUUGUCAACCCAUUUAUUCCGUUCAUAUUGGCAACCUGUUUAUAUUGAGAACAUGUUCAUGUUGACAACCCGUGUAUGUUGUCAGCCCAUUUAUGUCAUAGACACGUCUCAAAUGUCAACAACCGUUUAUGUUGACCACCAUUUUAUGUCAACAACCCAUCUAUGACGACAACCUGUUUAUGUCAUCAACACAUCUAUCCUGUUUAUAUUAACAACCCGUUUAUGUCAACAACGCCCCGUCUACAGCGAUGACCAGUUCAUAUUGGCAACCUGUUUAUGUUGACAGCGGGUUUAUGUCAUAGACCAGUCUCAAAUGUCAAAAACCCAUUUAAGUCAUUUAACAACCCAUCUAUGACGACAACCUGUGUAUGUCGUCACCACAUCUAUCCUGUCUGUCAUAAACCCGUCUCAAAUGUCAACAACCCGUUUAUGUUGACCAUCAUUUUAUGUCAACAACCCAUCUAUGACGAUAACCUGUUUAUGUCAUCAACACAUCUAUCCUGUCAACAACGCCCUGUCUACAGUGACAACCAGUUAAUAUUGGCAACCUGUUUAUGUUGACAACACAUCAAUGUUGACAAGCCGUUUAUUUUGACAGUUCUUUUAUAUCGACAACCCAUUUAUGUUGACCACCCGUUUAUGUCAGUGACAACCUGUUUGUUGACAGCCCAUAUAUGUCAUAGACCUGUCUCAAAUGUCAAAAACCCAUUUAAGUCAUUUAACAACCCAUCUAUGACGACAACCUGUGUAUGUCGUCACCACAUCUAUCCUGUCUAUGUUGACAACCCGUGUAUGUUGACAGCCCAUUUAUGUCAUAGACCCGUCUCAAAUGUCAACAACCCGUUUAUGUUGACCACCCUUUUAUGUCAACAACCCAUCUAUGACGACAACCUGUUUAUGUCAACACAUCUAUCCUGUCAACAACGCCCUGUCUACAGUGACAACCAGUUAAUAUUGGCAACCUGUUUAUGUUGACAACCCAUCGAUGUUGACAAGCCGUUUAUUUUGACAGAUCUUUUAUAUCGACAACCCAUUUAUGUUGACCACCCGUUUGUCAGUGACAACUUGUUUAUGUUGACAGCCCAUAUAUGUCAUAGAACCGUCUCAAAUGUCAACAACCCAUUUAUGUUGUCAACCCAUUUAUUCCGUUCGUAUCGGCAACCUGUUUAUAUUGAGAACCUGUUCAUGUUGACAAUCUGUUUAUGUUGACAACCCGUUUAUGUUGACAGCCCGUUUAUGUCAUAGACCCAUCUCAAAUGUCAACAACCCAUUUAUGUUGUCAACCCAUUUAUUUCGUUCAUAUCGGCAACCUGUUUAUAUUGAGAAACUGUUCAUGUUGACAAUCUGUCUAUGUUGACCACUAUUUUAUGUCAACAACCUGUUUAUGGCAUCAACACAUCUAUCCUGUUUAUAUUGAGAUCCCGUUUGUCAACGACGCCCCAUCUACGUUGACCACCAUUUUAUGUCAACAACCCAUCUAUGACGACAACCUGUUUAUGUCAACACAUCUAUCCUGUCAACAACACCCUGUCUACAGUGACAGCCAGUUAAUAUUGGCAACCUGUUUAUGUUGACAACCCAUCGAUGUUGACAAGCCGUUUAUUUUGACAGAUCUUUUAUAUCGAUAACCCAUUUAUGUUGACCACCCGUUUAUGUCAGUGACAACAUGUUUAUGUUGACAGCCCAUUUAUGUCAUAGACCCGUCUCAAAUGUCAACAACCCAUUUAUGUUGUCAACCCAUUUAUUUCGUUCAUAUCGGCAACCUGUUUAUAUUGAGAACCUGUUCAUGUUGACAAUCUGUCUAUGUUGACAACCCGUUUAUGUUGACAGCCUGUUUAUGUCAAUUACCCAUCUUAAAUGUCAACAGCCCAUUUAUGUUUACCACCAUUUUAUGUCAACAACCAGUUUAUGGCGUCAACACAUCUAUCCUGUUUAUAUUGAGAUCCCCUUUAUGUCAACGACGCCCCAUCUACGGUGACAACCAGUUCAUUUUGGCAACCUGUCGAUGUUGACAGCCCAUUUAUGUCAUAGACCCGUCUCAAAUGUCAACAACCCAUUUAUGUUGACCUCCAUUUUAUGUCAACCACCCAUCUACGACGACAACCUGUUUCACUCGUCAACACAUCUGUCCUGUUUAUAUCGGCAACCCGUUUAUGUCAACAACGCCCCGUCUUCAGUGAUGACCAGUUCAUAUUGACAACCUGUUUAUGUUGACAAUAUGUCUAUGUUGACAGCUGGUUUAUGUCAUAGACCCGUCUCAAAUGUCGACAACUCAUUUAUGUUGACCACCAUUUUAUGUCAACAACCCAUCUAUGACGACAACCUGAUAAUGUCAUCACCGCAUCUGCCUAUAUUGAUACCGUUUAUGUUGACAGCCCAUUUAUGUCAUAGACCCGUCUCAAAUUUCAACAACCCAUUUAUGUUGCCCACCAUUUUAUGUCAACAACCCAUCUACGACGACAACCUGUUUAUGUUGUCAACACAUCUAUCCUGUUUAUAUCGGCAAACCGUUUAUGUCAACAACGCCUCAUUUACAGUGGCAACCUGUUCCUACUGGCAACCUGUUUAUGUUGACAACCCAUCGAUGUUGACAAGCCGUUUAUUUUGACAGAUCUUUUAUAUCGCCAAACCAUUUAUGUCGAACACUCGUUAAUGUCAGUGACAACCCGUUUAUGUUGCCAGCCCAUUUAUAUCAUAGACCCGUUUUAAAUGUCAACCACUCAUUUAUGUUGUCAACCCAUUUAUACCGUUCAUAUUGGCAACCUGUUUGUAUUGAGAACCUGUUCAUGUUAAGUCUGUCUAUGUUGACAGCCCGUUUAUGUCAACAACGCCCUGUCUACAGUGACAACCAGUUCAUAUUGGCAACCUGUUUAUGUUGACAACCCAUCUAUGUUGACAGCCCAUUUAUGUCAUAGACCCGUCUCAAAUGUCAACAACCCAUUUAUGUUGAUUACCAUUUUAUGUCAACAAUAGCGACAACCUGUUUAUGUUGUCAACACAUCUAUCCUGUUUACAUCGGCAAACCGAUUAUGUCAACAACGCCCCAUCUACAGUGACAACCUGUUCCUAUUGGCAACCUGUUUAUGUUGACAACCCAUCGAUGUUGACAAGCCGUUUAUUUUGACAGAUCUUUAAUAUCGACAACCCAUUUAUGUUGACCAUCCGUUUAUGUCAGUGACAACCUGUUUAUGGUGACACCCUUUUCAAAUUGAGAACCAGUGUAUGUGGGCCAACUCCUCAAAUCCUUGUGUUGACAUUACGAGAAAGCGCCAACUCAAGUCGACAUCGACCGCUUUUGUUGAAUUUGAGAAUCAAAGCAGUAAUUUCUAUGAAAAAUCCUUUCUUAUCCUCCAUUCUGUCCAUGAUGUCUCUUGACAAAGUCAUAAGUAAAAUGCAUAGUUUCAGUUAUGACACCAAACGCUUGUGUUGAUGCAAAUCAGUCAGUUUAAGGGACGUCGACUUAAACAGGUUCCACUGUAUUGGAUUUAAAAAAAAAAAAAAAGAUCCACUGUGAGCUUAGUGAAGAUUCUCAAGAAGAGAAAACAUUUAUGAAAAAAAGUCUAUUUUUCUAUUAAAUGACAUUUUGUAAAGAAAAACAAAGAUUAUAUUGUUUCAUGUUUACAAGCUUCAACGUGUCUUAAAGUGACAACAACAACGUUUCAAAUGAAAAUGUUUGCUACUGAUUGUGUUUCAUGGAAAUGUAUCCGCUUACUUGAAUACUUCAGAGGAGAAAGGAAGAAGAAAAAAAAGAAGAAAAAAAAAAAAACUUGGCCUAGCACGACAUGUGUUUGUGAGUGUGUGUGCGUGAAGUGGUUGUUUGCACUCAGAGGUUGAAAAAAAGUAUUCAUACCUUUUGAACUUAAACACAUUUUGUAACGACCACAAAGGAAAACAUUUUACUGGCAUUUGAUGUCAAAGAACAACAAUUGUAAAGGUGUUCAUUUUUAAUAAUAAAAUGGUGUAAAAAAAAAGAAAAGAAAAGAGUUCUAUGAUGCACGUCUUUUGUGGUAUUUCUCUACAACUUCCUAAUUUUCACACCAUACUGAGCACUUCUUAUUAGUAAAAAAAACAAAAAAAACAGGAAAUCAUUUUCCUUCUGCUUUAGUUGUGGGCAAUAAAAUGUGUGCAACAAUAUGUGGAAGGCGUAUGAAUAGUUUUUCAAGCCAAUGUACAUUUUUACUUGAAGCUGUUGCAAAAAAUAAUAUCUCAUUAAAAAAAGAAGAUUCAAGCUGUAUUUUAACUGACACACAUGAAUGCUAUUCAUUGGUUUAUUGAUGUUCAUUGGUAGGAAUUAUUAAUUACAAAUAAUUUGAUUAUAACCAUAUUAUUUAUGUAAAGGUUUUAUUAUCAUUUGUAUACCAAUCAGUGACGUGCGGUGAGGUUCAUGGCUGGUGAGGCACUGACUUCAUCACAGUCAGAUUUACAAACAUGUGAACCCUAAAGAGUAUCUUAUUCACCAUUUGAUUGGCAGCAGUUAACGGGUAAAGUUUAAAAGCUCAUCCCAGCAUUCUUCCCUGCUUGGCACUCAGCAUCAAGGGUUGGAAUUGGGGGUUAAAUCACCAAAAAUGAUUCCCGGGCGUGGCGCCGCUGCUGCCCACUGCUCCCCUCACCUCCCAGGGAGUGAGCAAGGGGAUGGGUCAAAUGCAGAGGACAAAUUUCACCACAACUAGUGUGUGUGUGACAAUCAUUGGUACUUUAACUUUACACUCACAAACUGUAGCACACAAAAAAGCACAUUUACUAAAAAAAAAACGUUAUUAUGGUCUUACCUUUACUUAUAAAUGAAGUCCAUGCGCAGCUCCAUUUGAACAAAAGCAUCGAUAACUUGUUUAUAGAAGUCUUCCUUAUCUUUCUUCAGUUUUAAAAGUCUCUCUGUCUCGAUGGAGAUCUUCCUUUAAGUAUUACCUCCUGCUUCGAUUGAAAGUCCAGUUUAGAAAACUGUUUUAUUAAACAAGUUGAAAAACUUAUUCGGGU